ACUCUCUUUCUUGUCACAAAUUAUAAAUUCUGUCCCCCUUUUCUCUUGUGUCCAAUAAUUCAAUCACCUUCAUUUAGACUUUGUUCAUUUUUCUCUCCGAGUAAAAUUAACUUCAUCAUAUUACAAUAUGGCAGUUUCUUCAGGUCCUGUUUUCAGAAUUAACCAGCCUACUUCACUAUAUUUGACAACUCCAAGAUUUCACAAUUUGUCAAGGAAAAAGUUUCUAGUUAAAGCUUCUGUGAAUGGAUCAGAAGAACAUAAUGGAAAGAUAGUAAGAAAGAAAGAAAAAGAUAGUUGGCAGAUUGAUUUUUCAGGAGAAAAGCCACCUACACCAGUUUUGGAUACAAUCAAUUAUCCAAUGCAUAUGAAGAAUCUAUCCAAAUUGGAUCUUGAACAAUUAGCUGCAGAAGUAAGAGCAGAGAUUGUGUAUUCAGUGGCAAAGACAGGAGGCCAUUUGAGUUCAAGUUUAGGUGUUGUGGAUUUAACUGUGGCUUUGCACCAUGUUUUUGACACUCCAGAUGAUAAAAUUAUCUGGGAUGUUGGUCAUCAGGCAUAUGCACAUAAAAUCUUAACAGGAAGAAGGUCUAAAAUGCAUACAAUUAGAAAGACUUCAGGGCUAGCACCAUUUCCUAAAAGGGAUGAAAGUGUUUAUGAUGCUUUUGGUGCAGGGCAUAGUUCAACAAGUAUCUCUGCUGGUCUAGGCAUGGCAGUUGCGCGAGAUCUUUUAGGCAAAAACAACCAUGUUAUUUCUGUAAUUGGAGAUGGAGCAAUGACCGCAGGACAAGCAUAUGAGGCCAUGAAUAAUGCAGGAUUUCUCGACGCGAAUCUUAUUGUCAUAUUAAAUGAUAAUGAACAAGUUUCUUUACCAACUGCAACUUUAGAUGGCCCUGCAACUCCAGUUGGAGCACUCAGUAGUGCCUUAAGCAAACUCCAAGCUAGUACUAAGUUUAGACAACUUCGCGAAGCUGCCAAGAGUAUAACAAAGCAAAUUGGACCACAAGCACAUGAAGUUGCAGCUAAAGUUGAUGAAUAUGCAAGGGGAAUGAUUAGUGCUUCUGGUUCAACUCUUUUUGAGGAGUUAGGCUUAUAUUAUAUUGGUCCAGUAGAUGGACACGAUAUUGAAGAUUUGAUUACUAUUUUAAAGAAGGUAAAAUCAAUGCCAGCAGCAGGACCAGUUCUAAUUCACAUUGUAACAGAAAAAGGAAAAGGCUAUCCUCCUGCUGAAGCAGCAGCUGAUAAAAUGCAUGGGGUGGCACAGUUUGAUCCGAAAACAGGAAAGCAAUUUAAGGCUAAAUCGCCUACGCUUUCAUAUACUCAAUACUUUGCUGAAUCCCUUAUUAAAGAAGCUGAAGUUGAUAAUAAGAUUGUAGCUAUACAUGCUGCAAUGGGUGGUGGAACUGGCCUCAAUUAUUUCCAGAAACGAUUCCCAGAACGUUGUUUUGAUGUCGGCAUUGCUGAACAACAUGCAGUUACCUUUGCAGCUGGUUUAGCUACAGAAGGCCUAAAACCGUUCUGUGCCAUUUACUCCUCGUUCUUACAACGAGGCUAUGACCAGGUGGUGCACGACGUGGAUCUUCAGAAAUUACCUGUCCGGUUUGCAAUGGACCGAGCUGGUUUAGUUGGUGCAGAUGGUCCAACACAUUGUGGAGCAUUUGACGUUGCAUACAUGGCAUGUUUACCUAAUAUGGUAGUCAUGGCUCCAUCAGAUGAAGCAGAGCUAAUGCAUAUGGUUGCAACAGCAGCAGCUAUUGAUGAUAGGCCUAGUUGUUUCAGAUUUCCUAGAGGAAAUGGAGUUGGUGCACUUCUUCCUCCAAACAAUAAAGGAAUACCAAUUGAGGUUGGUAAGGGAAGAAUAGUGAGAGAAGGUGAAAGGGUUGCCAUUCUAGGAUAUGGUUCCAUAGUACAACAAUGUUUGGGAGCUGCAGACAUCCUAAAUUCGUAUAAUGUAAGAGUAACAGUAGCCGAUGCUCGGUUCUGCAAACCAUUGGAUGCUAAUCUUAUUAAGAGAUUAGCCAAAGAACAUGAAAUCUUGAUCACUGUUGAAGAAGGAUCAAUUGGAGGAUUUGGCUCACAUGUUUCUCAUUUCCUAAGCCUAAACAGCAUUUUGGAUGGACCCCUUAAGUUGAGGUCAAUGGUACUUCCAGAUAGAUACGUAGAUCAUGGAUCACCACUUGAUCAGAUUGAAGCAGCUGGUUUGUCAUCUAGGCAUAUAUCUGCUACAGUAUUAAAACUAUUGGGAAGACCAAAGGAAGCUCUUGUAGUAAAUUAGAUUUGCUAAGUGAAAUUCUAUAGUUUAAGGGAAGGAUUAAGAUUAUA